AUGGCUGACGCCGAACUCAAUAUCAACCAGGAAGAUCUGACCCGCCUCACACCCGGUCAGCAACGUGAACUGCGGGUGUUUCUUGAAAGCGAGUCACAGAAGGCACAAAUACAGAGCACAAUCCACGAUUUGACCGACGUGUGCUUUAAGAAAUGUAUCACAGGCUCAAUGUCUACUGGGAAAUUGACGACUAAAGAGGAGAAUUGCAUGGCGAAUUGUGUCGAGAGGUUUCUGGACUCGCAUCUCGCAAUUUUGAAGCAUCUGGACACACUGCGACAGAGCCAAUAA